CCCCACACACUCGCACACCCGCUUCUCAUACGUAACAGUAGCACCUUCGCGGCUUGGAAACCUCUCUCCUACGCGCUCUACAAGUCAGGAUUAGCUCGAUCCGCUAGUGGCCCAAGCGCUUCAUUCGAUUGUUGGUUUCGGUUCGGAGGUUAGAUACACACCUUACGCUGCUCCGGGCUCUUCUUCGAUACGCUCCUGAGGACAGCCGUCCACUUCCGCACACCAUGGCCUCCGUCACCCCUGCCAUGAGGCAAGGCGCAAACGUUUGUAUAGCAACGAUGAACCAGCGGCUGCAGGCAGCAAGGCGGUUGCGCUACGCUGCACAACUAUCACAAUGCACAGUCACUCUCCGACGGCGUCUCUUUGAAAGAUGCAACAGCUCGAGCUCUUCGAAGGGUCCUCUCGACAUUGAGAUCACAUAUCGAUCUCGCGACGAGCUAUCGGAAAUCCUCCGCACCCACCCAACAUACAAAGCCAAGUUCCUUUCUCGCGUCGCUUCCAUCCCCGAGUUAGCGCGGGCAUACCGCGAUCUAGACGAGCACAUCAAAAAGAUGGGCUACGCCUCCGCACGUGAGCCGACACGCAUGCCCGACGCGGCAACAGUGCAGAGGAUGCAGAAAGAUCAGAUAUUAGUGGAGAAGAGUUUGGCGGUGCAGAGAUUGCUGCAGGUGCAUGGGAUCGUGAAGGUUGGGCCCGCCGGAGUGAAGGUUGUGCCAAAGAGGGAGGACAAGCCGGGUCCAGAUCUGGAGAGAGCAGUGAAGAUGGUCAGGGGGGUGGUUCCAGCGCAGAAAGGAGGGUUGCCACCACCGACGUUCGUGCCGCUGUCCAAGCCGAUGCAGUGGUUCAAAUCUGUGUUCAUGACGACCGAUAAACCGACGGACCCGAACAAACCGGCCGGCUCGGAAUCGAGGUAGACGUUGCAACCUCUGGGAUGGUCUCAUUUUCUCAGCAUCUACAAACAUCGUCUUCAACGUCAUAUUUUCUUUUGCGUCAUUAACAAGUGAAUCAAUGCGGG